UCCUUCCACUAAGGAAGACAAAGCUAACUGCCGGUGCUGCAGGCUGUCUUUGAGCGUUCCCAUCAACAUGGUUGAGCUUGUGGGUUCCCUCCGAAAGGAGUUGGCCGAUUCACUCUCAAAGUCCAAAGUGUUGGUGGUGGGAGCGGGAGGUAUCGGCUGUGAGCUGCUCAAGAACCUCGUCCUCACUGGCUUCCAAAACAUCGAAGUGAUUGACCUGGACACAAUUGAUGUCAGCAAUUUGAAUCGCCAGUUCCUCUUUCAGAAGAAGCAUGUUGGCAAAUCUAAAGCGCAGGUGGCCAAGGAGAGUGCUCUGCAGUUUUGCCCCUCUGCAAAUAUCAUUGCCUACCAUGACAGCAUCACGAAUCCUGACUACGAUGUGGCGUUCUUCAAAAAUUUUAACUUGGUGAUGAACGCUCUCGAUAACCGAGCUGCCCGCAACCACGUGAACAGGAUGUGCUUGGCAGCCGACAUUCCUCUCAUUGAAAGCGGCACAGCGGGAUACCUCGGACAGGUCACCGUAAUCAAGAAGGGAAUGACGGAAUGCUACGAGUGUCAACCUAAACCUGCUCAGAAGACCUUCCCAGGAUGCACUAUAAGAAAUACACCAUCUGAACCCAUUCACUGCAUCGUCUGGGCUAAGUAUCUCUUCAAUCAGCUAUUUGGAGAGGAGGAUGCUGAUCAAGAUGUGUCACCUGACACAGCAGAUCCCGAGGCUUCAUGGAACCCUGAAGAAACAGCCGCUCGUGCUACAGCUGCAGAAAAGGACGGAGAUGUCAACCGAGUCUCUACCAAGCAGUGGGCCCGCAGCAACAAAUACGAUGCGAUCAAACUUUUCAACAAGCUUUUCAAAGAUGAUAUCAUGUACCUGUUAACUAUGGACAAGCUGUGGAAAAAGAGGAAAGCUCCUACACCACUGGAUUGGCAGCAACUGGAGAAAACUGGAUGUCCUCAAGAGGAAUCCUCAGGUUCAGGUUUAAAAGAUCAGCAGGUUCUUGGUGUUUGGGGCUACUGCAAGCUAUUCCAGGAAAGUGUGGAUACCCUCCACUUACUGUUAAAUGACAAAGGAGAUGGCGCAGAGCUCGUUUGGGAUAAGGACGAUCCUGCUGCCAUGGACUUUGUUACUGCAGCAGCCAAUCUCCGAAUGUACAUCUUCAGCAUGAACAUGAAAAGUCGCUUUGAUGUCAAGUCGAUGGCAGGUAAUAUAAUCCCAGCUAUUGCAACCACCAAUGCUGUCAUCGCUGGUCUCAUUGUUCUGGAGGGGCUUAAGAUUCUGGCAGGCGAGCUGGAAUCCUGCCGCACGAUCUUCCUGAACAAGUGUCCAAACCUCAGGAAGAAGCUACUAGUUCCAUGUAUUCUGGACCCACCCGUGGCCAACUGUUACGUGUGUGCCACCAAGCCUGAAGCCACCGUCAAAGUCAAUGUCCACAAAACAACGGUCCUCUCGCUGCAGGACAAGAUCCUAAAGGAGCGGUUUGGCAUGGUAGCACCAGAUGUUCAGAUAGAAGAUGGAAAAGGGACAAUCCUCAUCUCUUCAGAGGAAGGAGAGACUGAAGCGAACAACUGCAAGUUUCUUUCUGACUUUGCGAUCCGUAAUGGCAGUCGACUGCAAGCUGACGACUUCCUCCAAGACUACACACUCCUUAUAAAUGUGCUGCACACUGAAAAUCUUGAGAGGGAUGUAGAAUUUGAGGUCGUCGGUGAAGCUCCAGACAAGGCACCCCCACCACAAAACAACCAGGAAGAGGUUAACAGCAUCACUAAUGGCAACAAAGACUCUGCCCAGCCUUCUACCUCCUCCAAAGUCCCGGCAGAUGACGACGACAUUAUGAUUGUGGACUCUGACAAUGAGGCCGAGGCACCGUCCAGCUCGGCGGCAGUCACAAGCAGCACCAAGAGGAAGUAUCCAGAUGGAGACCCUGGCGAGGCCUCCAUCAAACGCCCACGGACAGAUCAGUCAAGUGCAGCUACUGCCCACGAUAACAAUGGCGACGACGAUGAUGAUGACAUCAUUGCUCUGGACUGAACGCUGCUUUCCUAGAGGAUCACAAAAACUAUUAAACGAGUUCGUUCCAAGAGGGACCGUAGACAUAAACUCAUUUUUUGAAGAAAAAAAAUCACGUCUAAAGUUUUCAUACUUCCUCCGGUCUUUGUCAAACGAUACUGUAAGUAUAGUCAACGUGUUAAAAUAUUCCACUUUUUUUGUUAUUCAUUUCUAGUAACAAUGAUUCUGUUGACUGUAUUAACAAGAAAAAAGUGCUCUUUUGUAUUCCCACAUACUUGUACUUUCACACUACUCAAGUCAGUUGGGUUGUGCAGUUGUAAUAGACAAAAGAAAUACUAUGUGAACCAAAAUAUUGUCUUGGUAUGAGUAUUCAACUAAAUAUGAUGGGAGAAAAAAAUGACUGGCAGCUCUUCUGUUCAUCACUGGAGCUUAAAGAUCAGCUUCAAAUCCAACCUCGGUUGGAAUGGCACAUUUUUCCACAAGGUGAUUGUGCGUUCUCUUCUGUAAAUCUGUUUGACCUGCAGUGAUGCAGAUGCCAUGCGUAUGGAUGGCAGUUGUUUUUGGUGAUGUUGCCAACAGUGUAUUAUUUAAAGUGUGCAACGAGGCUUUAGUACAGUCUCUGGUGAGAUGUUGGGUUCUGUUUAAAUGUCAAUUUGAAAAAAAUUCCAACCAAUAAACAAAGUUGGAUUUUUGUAACGCUGAUGACGUAUCUGUCACAUAUAAAUGACAAUUUCAUACUUCAUUGCUUUCACAUUUUAAAAGGCCUUGAAACCUUUUUUGGACCAAUAAAAAUGGACAAGCAAAACUAAAACA